AUGGCCCGACCCAGCAAUGCUGACAACCUUGUAUGGGACUCGGCGACCAAGACCCUUUACUGGCUCGGGUUUCGUAACUGGGGCGUUCUGUCUGCAAGGAAGCUCAACAAUCACUGGCUAUGGUCGUUUGACCUAGUUAAGAUUCCUGAAAAUCUUCUACGAAAGAGGAACCGUCAAGGGUGGGAUAGCGACACCACCGGUUGGAUCUGGUAA